UUAUUCCCAGCCUAAUUAAUGCAUAUCGCAAUCACAUCAGUCAAGUUGUCUGGAAUGCAAUGCGAUGGAGGAAGUCUGGGAACUAAAAGGAAGUCAAGAUGGCCGCCAAGCCGAACUGUUUGAUAGUUUGCAGUUCUGCAACUCAAGGCGUGUCAGCUCAAUCCUUCAUUCAUGCAUUCACUUUGACGCACUCAGUAUUCAAUGUUCAGAUCGCAACACCGCAAGGUCAGCAGAUAGAUUUUGUUAAAUCAGAUGACAACAGCAGAAAGUGGUUGAAUGAGUUUCGAACCAAACAAUUUUCAGUUGCUGGAAAACUUGAAAAUGUUGAUGCAUCAAGAUACGGUGCAGUGCUUAUCCCAAGUGCUCCAGGAGCCCUUCAUGAUCUUGCUCAAGACAGCGAGCUUGCAAAACUUUUGAAUACAUUUGUCCACGAAAAAAAGCCCAUUUGUGCCAUUGGACAUGGUGUUGCUGGACUUUGCUCAGCAAGGAGAGAGGAUGGAAAAUCUUGGAGUUUCAAGAGCUUUAGCUUGACAGGGCCAUCAGUUUUUGAAUCGGCUCGUUCAGCUGAUUUUUCAAGUCUACCAAUAAUCCUUGAAGACUGGAUCAAAGAUCACGGAGGAACAUACAGUGCCAGUGAACCAGAUGGGAUGCAUGUCAUUAUUGAUAGACACCUUAUAACAGGACAAAAUGACACUUCAACACUUUCAGCUGUUCAGAAUCUUAUUCUACUGUGCAAUGCAAGACAAGGCAAGGCCAAGAGUUGAGGCCGACUCAGAUGGACAGCUUAGAAAAAUUGACAAUAACUUAGCCUACUCAACCAUCAAAUGACAUGGUUGACAUCACUGUUUUCAGGAUACUUUUCAGUAACAGAAGUUGAUAGAUGGGUUUAUGAUUGGAAGCCUGAUACAAUUUUAUUUUUAGGAGAAUAUAUUCUUAAUUUCCUAUAUUGAUAUUAAGUUUCAUGUUAAUCACUUCUGGGAGUUAACUUUUUGGUGGUAUUCUGCAAUUAUUUUCUUCCUGCAGAAACUUAUUUUUUCAAAUUGAGGACUUGCAAGAACUAAAAGGAAAAAGUAUUUGUGCCACAAUUUUGGUCUACCGGUGAAAAUAAAAAGUUUUGCACAAACUUUUUUCCUAUCUCAGUCCUCAUUUUUUGUUUUGGUGUCAGCUAGGUUUCUUUUGUGGUAUAGUGAUGUUGAAGACAGCAGGAUUAUGUUACCAGGCUAAACACAAGAAAGGCCAACAUCUCACUAUCAAAUAACAGAGGGCUUAGCAUGCAUAUUCCUAUAGUAAACCAUAGGGAAAGCUGAUGUGUGUGGGGCUGAAAGAGUUGCUUUGAGUCAGUUCAGAAAAAGAUGUCUGGCCCCACACUUACACAGCUCUUUUUCAUUUUCCAAUAACAUGAAUCAAAAUUGUGGACUUCCAAGUCAAAAUAAAAUAAAUGAGAAAAAGAGUUCUGCUUCUAAGUGAA